UGCUCUACGUGAAUGAAUCUCCUUUUAUAGUCUUCUCAAAUAAUUCAGGAAGAGAAAAAUAGUUUUGUUUUGUUUGGGAGAAGACAAAUACUUAAAAGGACAAAAAAAAUUUGGUUUAGUUCAAUCAUUCAUGGAUUAAAAGCCCUUUUGGUAUUGGAUUCUGUGUUGCUUGGUCGAGUAAGAAGAUUCUGUCUUUUUCUUUCCUUUUUUGGUUGUGAGGAGAUUCCAUAAUCCAUUUACUCACUGUCGGCAUUCUUAGACAAUCGGUGAGUUAUGUUUAUGUAUCUCCUCAGAGAGUUUAGCUGAUUGUUUUUUUGUUCUUUAAGAUUUGUGGAGGGAAGAGAAAUGAACACUAACUAAUUGUCCGUUUGAUCUGUUAUUGAUUUUUUUUUUUUAGCUCAGCUUAAAGUCAUUAAAUUUGCUGAUUAUGUUCGUUUAUUGUCUCUUGUUGAUGUGGUAUUGGUUCACUAAUGUUCUGUUUAUUCAAAAAAUUUUCAAGCAAAAGGUCUGAUUUUUUUUUUUCAUGGAGGAUAAGAAAGUAUAACUCAAGAUUUUGAUUCAGCUUAAAGUGCUGUUUCUCUUCAAUUGGUUGGCUCUAUGUUCUGUUUAUUUUUUUUCUCUUGAAAAUUUUAAAGCAAAAGGUAUGAUUUUUUUUCAUGGACGAUAAGAAAGUUCAAUCUUAUGAUUGUGACUUUGUUAUGAUCCAAGAAUCGUUUCUAUUCACUGGUCAAAGCUAUUUCAUUUUAGAUUUAGUUCUCUGUAAGAUUCUAAUUUCUUGACGUGUCAAUUUUGAUAAGGGGUUGAUUGAUUGAAUGAUAAAAUGUGUUCAUAGUGACUCUAAUCCUUUGAUUGUCUCUGUGGUUUACCAAAAGCCAUUUUGCCUUUUUCCUUUCUUUCUUUUCCCAAAUGGGACGUUUCCCAGUUGCUUGCAUUUGAUUCCAAUAUCUUAUUUUGUGGUCCACUAUUUUGAUUUUGAUGCAUCUGUCAUGUCCAUGAUAGCUUCCUGGCUGAAACAAGUUUUGUUUUGGGAACCGAUGAACAACCCUGUACCUUGUCAAGUGUUUCCUCUAGCUUCCGGUGGCACUUCUUCUGGAUACUGCAAUGGCACGUACGUUUCAUCACAUGAAAGAAGCUCCUCACAGACCAGACAAUCCGUGGAAACACAACCCUUGCCGGUGACUAAUCAACCUCAAGGGCAGAGAGAUAUGAGCUGGCCUGAAGACCAGCUCCAAGGGUUCUUUGACUUUCCUCCACAAGCAGAGAGCAGCAGAGCGAAAAGCGAAUGGCCAGACUGGGCCAAUCAGAUGAUCUCUGUCGAUGAUGGUCUGGAACCUAACUGGUCGGAGCUUCUAGGUGAUCCUAAUGUCCUCAACCAAGAUUCAAAGAUACCAACACCGUCUUGUGAUAUAGCUAGGCAAGAGAUAGUAGUCAGUACUCAGCAUCAGGUGGAUCCUUCGAGUGCCAAAAGCCCACAAGCUAGUUCAAUGACAUCUAAGCAACGAAUGCGUUGGACACCUGAACUCCAUGAAGCAUUUGUUGAUGCUAUCAAUCAGCUCGGUGGUAGUGAACGAGCCACACCUAAGGCUGUAUUGAAGCUCAUCAAUAGCCCAGGGCUGACCAUAUACCAUGUCAAAAGCCAUUUGCAGAAAUACAGAACGGCUAGGUAUAAACCGGAGAUUUCAGUAGAUACAGAAAAACCUCCACUGAAGACUUUGAAGACCAUUGAAGAUAUCAAGUCUCUUGACUUGAAGACGAGCAUUGAAAUCACUGAAGCUCUACGGUUACAAAUGGAAGUUCAGAAAAAACUCCAUGAGCAACUUGAGGUCCAAAGAACGUUACAGUUACAAAUUGAGGAACAAGGUCGGUAUCUCCAGAUGAUGAUUGAGAAACAACAACAGAAGAUGCAAGAGAAGAAAAUAGGCUCUUCUUCUGGCACAUCAACAAUGCCAGAAGCUGACACUUCUUCAGCUCCAUCACCAGACCUUUCACAAGUGUCAAUAACUGAGAGACUGCAGAGUGGUUCUGGCACAUUGGAUCAGAGCGGGUCUCCCUCUUUGGCUACUAAGAAACGAGUUAGAGAAGAUUAAAGACAUAUCCUGACUUUCAGAAGUUGGAAGUGAUGACACUGACCUAGUGACUUGUGUUUAAAGUUUUUUUUUUUGUAUAGAAGACAUGCUUCUCUUGGAACUAAAGUUAGGUUUUGUAAUUGUAUUUACAAAACGUGUU